AUUUGUCUGUACUUUUCAUCUCAAUUCACCAAGAAAUCUCCUGUCGUUGCAAUGGUUCGCAAGCGAUUUCAAGAUGCCAAAACAGGCUUUGCGAUGCUGAAAUCAUUCAGUACUGAGAGAUUCAUGAGGAAAUCGGGGGUAGGAAAGGAGGACCAUUUUUUCUGGUAUCAAUGGACCAGGGCAUUGCUCAUCUGCUACACAGUGGCCGGCUUGGCAUGGUGGUAUAAUGAGACUUCUCCAUUGGGGUGGUGGACGCUGAAAGUUAAGCCCAAGGAAGAGAAAGAGCUGGCGCACCUGUAUGAGCGCCGGAAGUUUCCGUAUCCGGGCGAUGAGGAAGCCAUGGAAGAGUUCAUUGCAAAGGGAGGGAUGAUUGGUACAACCAUCGGGCCCAAGGGAUUUAUCGAUUAUGAUAAAGAUCCUUAUAAUUAUCAGAAAAUAUUGCAGGAUGAGAAGGUAGAGCUGGAAGCCCACAAGCUGUGGAUGAGGAUGAGGAAUGAAGUCAUCUCUGAACUCCAGGAGAAAGGGUUUGAUGUAGAAUGAUCUGAGGUGCAUCUAAUAAUUUGCUAUAGUUUAUAUAUAUAAAUUCUAACUGUUUCUGAGUAAUCUUCCCUUCUCAAGUUUGUUUAUUUUGUGGUUGAUGAUAAAUAGUGUCAUGUAUUUGGAAGUACUUGCAUUUAUAAAUAAGUUUAGAGGUUUGCUUUAGCUUUAAGCAUUAGUAUACAAGCAUUUGGAGGUCUGUAGGCCGUUGAUACACUUCUUGCGAUUUACCUCUUCCACCUGGGUGAUUGGCUUUUAAGUUCGGGGUCAAACUUCUCGGGUGAUUGGAUAUUAAGUUUGGGGUUCAAAUUUAUGUAUUGAAAGUACUGUAUUUUGUGAUU